AUGGCUGCUUUUGUGGCUGAGAUAAUGCAACGAAGUAUGCCUGAUGCUCUCAUUGGCGUCGCUAUCAUCUUUGCUGCUGCUGCUCGCUACCGAAGCUACUGGCCAAUAUUGCUGUCACCGUUACCUCUGCCUUUGUUUGUUGCUGUUGGUAACCGCUGCUGUCCGCUACCACCGUCGCUUACCGUCAUUGCUGCCAUUUCUUUCAUACCGUAUAAAGAGAAAGAGAAGGAAGCUUCAGAAGAGGAGCAUGAACAAAAUGAAGAAAAGAAUCUUGUCACUUGGGGUACUGAUGUUCCUGAAGAUUUGAUUCUUGACCAAAACACUACGCAUGUCGCUGACCCACGCUCGGUGGUGCCAUUGCAUGGUCCGGCGUCCUCCCAAGGUUUCGUCCCUUCGCCAUCACCAUAUGGAGCACCACGGGGGCCACCUUCGUCGGCACAUGGCUGGAAGCGUGCGGUGAUUUGUGGGAUCUCGUAUCGUUUCUUUCGCCACGAGCUCAAGGGAUGCAUUAAUGAUGCCAAGUGCAUAAAGCAUCUUAUCAACAAGUUCUGGUUCCCAGAGUUGCCGAUCAUCAUGCUCACUGAGGAGGAGACUGAUCGGAAUAAAAUACCAACUAAGCACAACAUAAGGAUGGCACUUUUCUGGCUUGCACAAGGUUGUCAACUGGGGAAUUCGUUGGUGUUUCACUACUCAGGCCAUGGUUCACAACAGAGGAAUUAUAAUGGCGAUGAGGCUGAUGGAUAUGAUGAAACUCUUUGCCCACUGGACUUUGAAACUCAAGGGAUGAUUGUUGAUGAUGAAAUCAAUGCAACUAUUGUCAGACCACUACCUCAUGAUGCAAAGCUUCAUGCCAUUAUAGAUACUUGUCACAGUGGGACUGUUCUUGAUCUUCCAUACCUCCGCAGGAGUAGGAAUGGGUAAUAUUGGUGGGAAGAUCAUCAUCCACGAUCCAGUGUUUGA